UAUGUAUUGCGUCAGGGACAAAAGUGGCACUAUUUAAUAGACUUCGAUCCCAAACAGUUAGCACCAGAUAUUUGCACGUAGAAGGUGGUAAUUUCCAUGCCAGUUCACAACAGUGGGGAGCAUUUUACAUUCACCUCUUGGAUGAUGAUGAAUCGGAAGGAGAAGAAUUCACAGUGAGAGACGGCUACAUUCAUUACGGGCAGACUGUCAAACUUGUAUGCUCAGUAACUGGCAUGGCACUCCCAAGACUGAUAAUUCGAAAAGUAGAUAAACAAACAGCGUUAUUGGAUGCAGAUGAUCCAGUAUCGCAGCUCCAUAAAUGUGCAUUUUAUCUUAAAGACACUGAGAGAAUGUAUUUGUGCCUUUCCCAGGAGAGAAUAAUCCAAUUUCAAGCCACUCCAUGCCCAAAAGAACCAAAUAAAGAAAUGAUUAAUGAUGGAGCUUCUUGGACAAUCAUUAGCACAGAUAAAGCAGAAUACACGUUUUAUGAGGGGAUGGGACCGGUCCAUGCUCCAGUGACACCUGUGCCUGUUGUAGAAAGUCUUCAAUUGAAUGGUGGCGGGGAUGUAGCGAUGUUGGAACUUACAGGACAGAACUUCACUCCAAAUUUACGUGUCUGGUUUGGGGAUGUGGAAGCUGAAACCAUGUACAGAUGCGCAGAGAGCAUGCUAUGUGUUGUUCCAGACAUUUCUGCAUUUCGAGAGGGUUGGAGGUGGGUCCGUCAGCCAGUCCAGGUUCCAGUAACUUUGGUCCGUAACGAUGGCAUAAUUUACUCCACCAGCCUUACCUUUACAUACACACCGGAACCAGGGCCACGACCACACUGCAGUGCUGCUGGAGCAAUCCUCAGAGCCAACUCAAGCCUCAUGGCUUCCAGUGAAACAAAUACAAACAGCGAGGGAAGCUACACAAACGUCAGCACAAAUCCAACCAAUGUCACAUCAUCUACAGCAACUGUAGUUUCCUAACUACUAUUGUUUGUCUGGACUUUAACUGACUUUUAAGUGCUACAUUCAAGAGAACUGAACAAUUUUUGUGGUUUCAUGGAAAAACACCUUUCCAUUUUAGGUGAUAUUAUUUGAACCUUGUUACCUGCAAGUGCUGAUCUUAAAUAUAGAAGCCACAAUAAAAAAAAAAAAUACAUCCGAAACAUAAGAACUUUAUUGAAAAUCUAUUUUUCAGCUGUUUUUUUUAAUGGGCAAGAAACAAAAAAUGUGGCUGGGAUACAUGUUGAGCAAACUAGAAAACAUGAACGCAACAUAGUUUUUAUGGACCAAGGAACUUGUAUAAGCUUUAGUAUAAAAGGUACAUUUUCACCAUACCUUUUUUGUAUCACAACAUAUAGUACACUUUUGUUACCAAAUAGUUUAUAUUUUUUUUUCCUCUGAGCUUUUGCUCUGAAGUAUAUUCAGGUUCCAAGCCUGACCAUGCUUGUAUAAUCUAAUUACCAUACU